GAACAUCCGGUUCCUUUACGAGAGAAAGUACUGCCCGAUAGCAGCUGUGCCCAUUACUUCCGUCUGAUAUGUUAGCGAAGCUAGAAUAAAAUCUUAUGAGAAUAAUUGAGAGUAAUCGAGAAUAAACUCUUCAGCUUAUGCUGUCACAUGCUGAGGUCGUUUCUCCAGAUACCUAUUUCAGUAAGCUCAUGAAUGUAGUUUCAGAGGCCUCCUGUGCUGAAGUGUCGUGGACUUUCGAGUGAUUUCGAGUCAAUCGAGGUAAGUGUAAGUGACUGUUCUUAAUGCGCAGAGAUUUGGAUACAAAUUCCAUCGAAGGACCUAUACCACCCGAGCUUGGAAGUCUUCUGAAUUUUACACUCAGAGAUUUGGAUACAAAUUCCAUCGAAGGACCUAUACCACCCGAGCUUGGAAGUCUUCUGAAUUUUACACUCAUAGUUUUGAGUAAAAACGACCUGACCGGAGAGAUUCCUGAUUCUCUUGGCAAUCUUACAAAACUUUUAACGCUUUCCCUUGACGACAAUUUCCUAACUGGUGAUAUACCAGCCAACAUCUUCUCGCUUCCAGAGCUGGUUAUACUAUCCACUUAUACCGGCAACUGCUUCAGUGACAGCAAUACAUCGCAGUCUUGCAAAUGCGAGCCAAGAGGAGGUUCAAUUUUGGCGAUCUGAAUGGAUGAAGGAAGCAAAAUGGCGACUGGAGGACUACGACCACAUGCAAAACACCAUGUUUCUUCUGGAAAAUGCCAAAGUUGAACCUUGACACAAGACUCUUGUUGCGAGCCAGUGGUGUAGUGAGCGGUCAUGGCGGAAGUAUUUGGGGGCGAACUGGAAGAGGCGAUAUUGGAUAGGCAUUAUGCGAAGGUGCCACACGUCACCAAGGGCGGUAGACAUAACUGGAAAUGCCUACUGCAAGGUUGUCCUUUCCCAGGAACAUUUUCCCAAAAAAAUUAUAUCGAAAAGCAUUGGAGGAAAGACCAUGUGGACUGUCAUCUCCAAAUUACCCAGAAGCUUCCACCUGGACCAAAGACGACUGGAGUUUCCAGGAAGGCUGACAAGAAAGAGUUGAUUGACUCUUGUGACAAGCAUUUUGGUAAUUUCUGUCAAUGUUGGAUCAAGCACAAGCAAGAUAAGUUGGACUUCUUUCGAGGCGAGAUUAUUAAGGGGUAUUUCGACCAAAAGAUAUAUUCUCUAAUGACGGGAGAGGAUAUAGGAGAAUUGGAGGAACCUCCAGUGAUUUUGAGGGCCAUGAGACUCGUAUGCAAGAAUUUCCUUCCAGGUUGGAACAUGUUGAGAAUUCCAGAGUUUUCAAAUUUUGUCUUUGAUCAUCUUGACGAACUACUGGAUCCCUGUAGGAGAAAGGCACAGUUCGUAGAUUCUAUUCAAGAGUGGGUGAAGGGAGAGCAGGCCAAAAACAGAAAUAGCAAUCAACGGCGAGGUAUGAAGAAGUCAGAGAUUGACAUUGACGAAGUUGAAGCCAUGGAAGAUCUUGUGGCAAUCUUGAGUGCAGAUGACAGUUGCAGCAAUUUGAAAGCUGAGGCAAAAGAAUGGAUAGUAUUCUGUGGUAAGUACAGUUGGAUUGAACAAUCCAACUGGAAUCUAUCUUUGGAAUGUAAUGAACGAAUAAUCUUGAAAUUUCUGGAUUAUCUCUAUUG